CCGCUGCGCCCCCUUGACCUCAUGCAGCCGCCCUUACUUAGGUCAAACCCCCUGUACACAGAGGAGGAGGAGCAAGAGGUAGUGAUAAUCGUGGACUCGCUGGAGGACCCAGCGGAGGGGGACGUGCCGGACGCGCCCCGCACCCCGCGCCGGGCCCCCUCUACCUCAUCAGGCUAUGGCAGCGGCGGGGGCAGCCACGGCCGAGUGUCGCCCUCGAUGCCAAAGAGCGAGUACCCAGAGCCGGCUCGCAGGCUGUCCGGGUCGGACAAACCCGACGGAUCUCACACCACCUCCGAUUCGGACAGCCCAGUGUGCACGCUCUCGAGGAGCUUGAAAGAGGAUAUCAGGUCGUGUUUAGGGGGAUGCAGAUGGGAGAAAGACGUAGGCGACGUGGUGGAGGCAGCGGUGAGGGGAGCGGGGGGCAUAUCCGCAGCGCGCGCGCGCCUCCACGCGGCGCUACUGGCGUUGCACGAGCCGCCGCGCGUGCCCAACCGGGGCCCCUCGCUGCCUUACUGCGGUCCUGGCGUGCGCCCCGGCGACGUCACCAUGAUGCCGAAGAAUACCGAGAUGUCUUUGUUGGCAGCAAGUGCCCUCUUCACCCUGGACGGAGCCCGCGGCGAAGCCCUAUCAAGACGACUGGCCCGGGGCGAAAAGAGACGACGUCGCUGCCGAGCCAUCCUUGCCAUAGUCGCGCUGCUGCUACUCCUGGCUGCCGUGGGAGCGGUGGAACUCCUCAUGUCCAGGGGACAGCGAGUGUUUGGAGCUGUGCUGCGAUGAUGGUAACUAACUGGUUUUACAAAUUUAUUAUAGGUACUUCCUACAAGCACAGAGAUGCUAUAAACACUUCAGUGUUACUUCUAGCAGCCUUGGAGCGAUACUGUGGUACUGGUGUGGUGCAGUGGACUCCUCAUGUCGAGGGGACAGCGGGUGUUUGGAGCUGUGCUGCGAUGAUGAGUUGGCCAGCACCAGGGCGUUGAAAAUGACUUAACGGGACAAAAGUGAUAGUGAAAAAUGUAUUCCUUGUGAUGUGAAUAAUAUAAAAAAAUA